AUGGCAAAGUUGCAAACUCUCAUCGCGGCAAUAAUUCUCAGCAGUGCAGCGUUCGCAGCUCAUCAAGACGACCAAACCCAGGAGUCGACUUCGUGCUUUACAUACAUCACAAUUGCACCAACCAGUUUAUGUCCAUCGAAAACUUCUUGUCCUGCACGCCUAGUUUGUAUUCAGACUGUGAUUAACACUAUCACUUUCCCAGCCUCAAACACAUUAUGCCCUACUACGCUCACAGUGACGGCGUACCCAAAUUUUUGCACGGCUUGCGAGGAAGGAUGUUCAACGAUCAGCGAGACUGUCACUACAACCUUGGCAGCAUGA